CACCCUUUUAGAUUAGAAGCGGAAACUUCCUUUUCCCUUUUCCAGUUCCAUUUUGUUUUAGUAUUCUCUACGAACCCUACUACUGUAACUUUUAACUUCCCAUAGAAGUUUUCAUGCUUCCAAAAUCUCAGUUUUCAAACAAAAUUCUCUGUUUCGGCACUCUUGUUGACUGCUAUUAUACUCUAAAUUCUGACUUCCCCCCCUCCCCCUCUCUGUACUGUAUUAACUGUUAAAUAUUUGUCUUUUUUUGGUUUGUAUGUAUGUUGGUGAAGCAAUAUGGGUGUACUGGAAAAGAUAUCGGAAGCAUUGCAUAACAACGAGGAGAAAACGGUGGAGUUAAGGCAAAAAAUAUUUAAUUUAGUUUCAGAAUGGGGAACUUUUGAGAAGGACUUAGAAUUGUCCAGCAACUGUUUGAAGGAAUGCUUCAAUGAGAUGGAAUCAUCGGAGAUGCAUUUAGGAUCAGUUCAAGAAUCAGCGGCGGAGAGCUUGAAGGAACUCAAUGCUAUUAGGGAAUCAGUUGAACGAAAACGCGAAGAAGUUGAGAGGAAAGAGGAGGAAUUGGAAUCGAAGUGGAAGGAUUUGAGUUUGGCACGAAAAGGGUUUGCUGAGACUGUGAAGUUAAGGGAGGAGAAGCUGAAUGAUCAGGAGAAGGUGGUGGAAAGGCUUUGGGAUGAGGUUGAAUUCGAGCGGAAACAAACAGGCGAUGUGGAGGAAAAAUUAAUUGAAAUUAGGUUGAAAGAGAAGGAUUUGAAUAGGAUUCAGAGUUGGAUUCACCAUGAAACACAUGCUCUUGAGUUGAAAGAUCAAGAAUUGGCUGAAAGGAUGGAAGAAAUUCAAGUCAAGGAACAUAAUUUGCAGUUCAUGAAGAAGGAACUUGAGGAUAGAGAAAUGGGGUUGGAAUCUUUAAAUAAAGAGCUGGUGAUAAAGGAAUGUAAGUUGGAUAAUGUGAAGAAAGAACUGAGGGUGAAGGAGAAUAACUUGGAUUAUGUGAAAAAGGAACUAAGGGAGAAUGAAAAUAACUUGCAAUCUGUGAAAAAGGAACUAAGGGAGAAUGAAAAUAACUUGGAACCUCUGAAGAAGGCUCUUGCUGUUAAGGAAAGUAGGUUGGAUGGUGUGAUGAAAGAAGUAAGACUGAAGGAAAGUAAAUUGGAGAUAAUGAAGAAAGAACUUAGAGAAAAGGAAAAUAACUUGGAAUCUAUGAACAAGGAACUUGCUGUCAAGGAAAAUAGGUUGGAUAGUAUGCAGAAAGAAGUAAGAGGUGAGGAAAGUAAAUUGGAGAUUUUGAAGAAAGAACUUGGAGAAAAGGAAAAUAACGUGGAAUCUGUGAACAAGGAACUUGCUGUUAGGGAAAACAGGUUGGAAGGUGUGAAGAAAGUAUUAAGAGUGAAGGAAAGUAACUUAGACUAUUUGGAGAAGGAACUUAGAGAAAAUGAAAAAAAAUUGGUACAUGCAAAAAAGGAACUAAGGGAGAAGGAAACUAACUUGGAUUCUUUGAAGAAGGAACUUACUUAUAAGGAAAACAUGUUGGAUAGUAUGAAGAAAGAACUGCGAUUGAAGGGAAGUAACUUAGAUAUUGUGAUGAAGGAACUUAAAGAGAAGGAAAAAAAUUUAGAUUUUGUUAAAAAGGAUCUAAGGGAGGAGGAAAUUAAUGUGGAUGCGGUGAAGAAGGAACUUUCUGUCAAGGAAAAUAUGUUGGAUAAUAUGAAGAAAGAAUUGGGAUUGAAGGAAAGUAACUUAGAUAUUGUGAUGAAGGAACUUAAAGAAAAGGAAAAAAACUUGGAUUUUGUCAAAAAGGAGCUGAGGGAGAAGGAGAAUGAAUUCGAGUCAGUGAAGAAGGAAUUCAAAGCUGAAGCAGAUAACUUGAUUGCUCUUAGGAAGCAACUUGAAUCUAAGGAGGACUUCUUGUCCUCAAUGAAGAAGGAACUUGAGCACAAGGAGAAAUUUCAUGAUGUAAUGAAGAAGAAACUUGAACUCCACGAGGAACACUUGAAGUCAUUCAACGAGAGACUGAAUUUGAGGGAGAGAGAGCUUGAUUCAUUUCAAGAAGCAUAUAAGCAGCGGUUUGAAGAACUUAAUUCAAAGGAGAAGAAACUGGAUUCAGUAGAGGAAUUUGCAAAAAAAAAACUAUGAGGGCUUUCAAUCAGAAAAGAAAAUAUUCCUGGCAGAGCAGGGACUUUUUGAGCAACGCAUGAAAGAAGUUAUACUUAGAGAGGAAAGGGUUAAGGAUAGAUUAGAAGAGCUUGAAUCAAGGGAGAAACAUUUUGAGGAUAGGUGUAAAGAGCUCGGAGAGAAAGAGAAGCAGUUGAAUGCUAUUCCUAAUGCGCACAUAAAGUCAGAGCCUGCGGAAGAAGUAGCACUGGACAGGGUCAAUGCUAUUGUAGGUAAUUCUACUGUUACAAGUUUUGUUGUGAUAAUGGAUGGAAAGAGGUUGCAGAUAUUCUUAAAUGAGCAUGAGAAGGAGCUGGAUUUGAUGUCUGAUGAGGUUUUUAAGGCUCUUCAGAUGUCUCCUGACCCUGCACAACUGGUUCUUGAUGCAAUGGAAGGUUUCUAUCCUCCCCAUUUGAGAAAGGGAGAAACAGAGUUUGAGGGCAGUGUUGCCCGACGGAGCUGCAUUCUGCUGUUAGAGCAGUUAAUUAGGGUUUCACCAGAGAUUCGGGGUUUUGUGAGGAGAGUAGCAAGAAAUAUUGCAAGGGAUUGGAAGGUUAAGAUGAAGGUGACAAAAGGGAACCAAGACGAGAUCUUGGGGUUCUUGUAUCUUUUGGCUGCGUACAAUUUGGCUUCUUCCUUUAAGGUAGAUGAUCUUAUGAUCCUGCUGGAGAUUGUUGCUAAGCAUGACAAAUUUGCAGAAUUAUGUGGUUCUCUUGGUAUGAAACAGAACUUACCUGGUAAGUAUGUUGGUAUUUAACUAUUUACUAGCAUCCAUCUACCACUUCAAAGGACACAUCAGAAACGAUUCCUGCCAUAGUUUGCUAAUAUGCUUCCAGGCUCCAACACCAUAUGAUGCUGAAUUCACUUUAGUGCUCCAGUGACAUCGCUCAACCUGCUUUGCUUUGAUAAUUUCCUUCCAGCGUGCUCCUUGUUCAUCACCAUAUCUCCAUAGCCAUUUCAUAAGAAGGCUUUUAGGUUUCUUUGACAAGAGUAAGAAUCUAUUGGAAUCAAAACAUCACAAAGAUUGUGCUUGUGAAAAAGCUAUAGAAUUCGUGCAUCAGGUUGAUAAUGUCAUCUGCAUCUUGUACAAGGACCUGAUUACAUAAAAAUUACAACAACAACAUACCCAGUGUAGUCCCACAAGUAGGCUUUGGGGAGGAUCGAGUGUAUGCAUACCUUACCCCUCCUUUAAGAAGGCAUAAAAGCUGUUUCCGGUAGCCCCUCAGCUCAGUAAGGGAAAGGGGAGAGGCAAAAUAAGCAAAUCGAUCUGACAACCGAAGCGAAAAUUCAAAACUAGCACUAGGUAAUGCAAGUAGAAAACCGAAGCAAAAAA